GAUAUCUUCAUGAGAAUUUACAUAAAUUUUAGGAAUUAAUUCAUGUAAUUCAGAAAGAUUUUUUGUUUGAAUGUUUAUAAAAAAUGUAAAAAUGGUUACAUGUAAAUACAGGAAACAUUCUAAUUACUAAAAUUACUGUGCUUGUUCCAUUUGGAAUGCAGGUUUCCAAAGAAACAUGAUUAUUGAACAUUUAUCAGUGUUUUGAAAUAUUUCUAUGGUUCAUGGGUUUACAUUUAAACCAUGGGAUUAAGCAACGAACUUUCAAAGUCAUGAAAUGGAUCACUGUCGUUUUCUAUAAUUUUUCCAAUAUCUAUUUUUAGAAUUCUAAAUUAAGCAACUCUUAUUGACGAUUAUAUACGCAGACUGACGAAAAGGGCCGAAAAGUUGCGAUUAUUAGGUUUUUAUCUCCUUUUUGUCGGGUUGAAUAACUUUACAUGUUUUGUUCUUUUAAAAAGUAUUUAUAUGAGUUUGAUUGUUAAAUGUAACAAGAUGUGGUAAAAUAACUAUACUCACGGGUCACAACGUUUCCAUUAUAGUACAGUUAAACUCAUCCAAGAAUGAAACCAAAAGCAAGUACGUCAACAUGGAUACAGUUUGUAAAUGAUUUUUAAAGUACAGUUAAACUCAUCCAAGAAUGUAACCAAAAGCAAGUACGUCAACAUGAAUACAGUUUGUAAAUGAUUUUUAAAGACUGAAAAGAUGUCCACAAACACGUCGUUUAGUGAAGUUGACACAGGGAUGAGUCAACCAAGAGGAAGAUGUAUCCAAAGGACUUUGACAUCUAGAUGUCGUGAUCGGGAUAAACCAUAUCGAAAGCGGGUACAGAAAUCACCCUCUUCUAACUAUCCUUCAGAAUUACCCAAACAUGUCGCAGGUGACACUAUGUAUUUGGUACACGUACCACCAAAUACAGCAAAUGAACCACCAGUAUCAUUUGCUGAAAGGCCUUCGCAGUCAGUACCGUCGUACAUAUCCCAAGAGAGUCCUCACCGUUCACAAAGCCGCCAGGAGUCAUCAAGUAAAUUGGAAAUGCAUACCUUGUUGUCACCAACAGAUACCUACAAACAACAGUAUGGUGACUAUUGUACCAGUAUCAGUGUUGAGUCAGAUAUGGACACCUCUGACCAUAGUACACCUGCUUUUAACUUCAGUCCUUCUGUUAAGACAAACGUUACCGUCAGGAAAUUGGUAAGUUUCCUUCAAAAGAAGUACAAGGAAAUGAAAAGUCAGUUAGAACCUAACGAGCUAGCAGACAUUGUAUUCUCGAAGGGCUUGAUCACAGAAAUUGAUAUGGAAAUUAUAGACGAAAUGAAACACAGAAUUGAAAAGUGCGAUAAACUCAUUAAGUCAAUAGUGACAAUGUCUAGGAAGGCGCAUAACGAGGAAUGGUUUGUUGGAAAGAUUCUUGAUUCGUUCAAAAAGGCAAAAUGCGGACGCCUCAUGGAUGAUUUUGACAACUUUGAGGAACCUAAUCAUUUUAACAAACCUCGAACACUUGAUACAGCAGUUGAUGUAACAGAAGACAAAGCAUGGACUAAAAGGUUGUCCUACAUUUUAAGACUAAUUGGAGACGAAAUAGAUUUGUUGGAUAUCAUUGAUACACUACUUGUCAAAGAAAUUCUAACGUUUAAAGAACAUCAGUCAAUUCUUGAUGCCUCUCCCAAUAGCAACAAACUUAAAGAAUUAGAGGAAUCGAUCUCUCGAAAGACCAAAAAUCAUUUUAUUGAGUUCUAUUCUGUCCUAGAAUCUGAAUACCCUAGUGAAUUAAAACUCGUUGAAAACGAUACAGCCUCACCGAUGGAUACAACUAAAGCCAGUGACUCACCGGUAAUAGAAAUGGAAGAUUUCAAGGAGGUUGCAGUUGGAAUGGAUGUUGUAGGUGAGACUAGCAUAAAUGUUGUGAUGGUAGGACCAAGAGGAGAAGCCAGGGAAGUUGAACAAAUGAUCGUUGAGCAAAAUUCUCCAAAACCGGCCGACUUUCUUGUACAAAUGGUAUCGGAAGAUAUGCAGUGUGGAGUAAAGAAGGUAGUUUUCUCAUGCAUCGAAAUAACAUUUGAAUGCAUGUCAGAACGGUCGCGCAUGCUUCUUCUACAGAAAUGCGAAGCGUCUGAUAAGUUCUUAGAAAGAUGGGUUAGAGAAAUGAUUGAUCGCAGCAAAAUUGAUAAUCUGAAGAGAAAAGAAGUCAAACAAGUGAACUUGAAAAUUCAAAUAAACUGGCCUGAUUUUAUCAUCAGUCGACAAGACAUUGCAAGAAACUAUGUUUAUCUAAAGACAAAUCUAGAACCAAAACACUACAGUAAGAUAUUUCAAAAGAGAAGAAGGACAUCUGGUAUGGUACUGAUAAACAAUGAAGAAGAAGAUGAGAAAACAAAAUGCAAAAAAUUUAUAUUGUUCAUGGUAACAAAUGAACAUGCACCACUAGAGAAAUUUUCAGCAGAACUCAAAGGAACGAAAAUUAUAGAACAUAUUAAAGGAAAUUCGAAAUAUUACAAAACAUGUGCAUGCAAGUUGACAAAAAAGAAGAUAGUUGAACAUUUCACAUUCCUGGAAAAAGAAAUGAAAGAUGUAGACAAAAUGGUAGAAAUUUUCAUUGAUUUUUACACACUAAAUAACGACAAAAGUGAAACAAAUGAGAGGAAGGCGAACGCUUACAAAACUUUAAAUGAUGACAAAAAUAAAAAACGCAACGAAUUGGAGCCAUCUAUGACUGAAGCAUUUCUAAGAAUGAUUCUUAAAUCAGAAAAUGACGACAUACAAGUUUGUUUAUUUGGUGAAGCCUUAGUAGAUACGGAUCAAGAAAACAUUCUCAGGAAGGUUUCAGGAAUCAAAACAGAAGUAUCAGCAGAUUUUUAUUUAACAAAAGAUGACAUACGACGAAACGAAAACUUUCUUUUACAAGAGAUGGAGCCAAUGCUUUUUGUAACAAUGUUGUCAGACCAGGAUAUUCGAGAGCAGAUUGUGGAGACAAAUUCACGUGAGCAGAGAUGCAAACUAUUUUUGAAUUUCUUGAAAAAAUGUGAAUCGACAGUAAUCGAGAAAUUUACGUCGGAACUGCAGCGACUUAAUCUGAAGUCCAUCAUAAAUUAUCUCUACAGUUCCAGACGCCAGGGUCACUAUGUAACGAAAGAUGACAUUAGCCAAAACAAAGCUUUCCUCGAAGAUAUGUUAGAGCCAAAGAAAUUGCCAGAUAUUUUCACAAGUGAUGGCAGAUUAGACGUUAUAAUGUGUACAGAUGAGCAUGUUUUUAAAAGGUUUACAACAUACUUGGAGAAUGAGAAACCAGAAAUUGUAACUUAUCUGGUCCAAUCUAGAGAAGAAGAUAUGAACAUGCGAUCAGUUAAGGAAAGUCUUAUAGAAGCAUAUAGCUGCAUAGUAUCGGAGAUCGAGCCCAAAAGGAUAAAAGAAUUGUUUGUAGAAAAGGGAGAGAUUAGCAAAGACGUAUAUAAUUCCAUUUGUUCGAAACCAACAAGACGUGGGAGAGCGAUAGAACUGAUGUCAAAGGUCAUAGCUGGGCCUCUUUCAAGAGCACAAUGCAUGAUUGAGGCCCUUGAAUUUUAUGGCUAUAGAUCACUUAUACAGCAGAUCAGAAAAUAUGGGGAAACUUUUAAAAGAUGUCCAAGGAUUUACAGACUUAGACAAGGUGUAAGACAAAGUGUUGUAUUUGAAGGGACGAUGCACAUCAAGUAUGACAGCGAGGAAACACCUGGUUUGCUGAACUCUUUAAGUAAUUGUGAUCCUGAUCACUCAGAACAGUUUGUAACCAAAUGGCUAAAUGAAAACCCAGAUCUUAGCGCUACAUCUUUAACCUUUGACGCUCUGGACGAAUAUAUUUUUCCGGAUAUCGAUGUAAGCGCUACACAGUUAAGAAACGAGAUGAACGAAGACAUCUUUUUGAAUCACGAUCAUGCGCCAAAAGAAAGCAAUACACCUAUAAGUGUCAGUGUUGCCGAAGACUGUCCUCAGGUUUUCGCAGACCCUCCGUCUCCAUACGAUUUAGAUUUACUAGACGAUUUUGUUAGUUUCAACAAAACAAGUUCUUUCGUAAAAAACACAGACUGUCCGAACGAACAAAAAUUAAACACUUUCAUAAAUCAAAGACACUAUACAAAAUCUCCUAGCAAUGAUUCAAGAAAUUCAAGCCCAAGCUGCUUUAAUUUUACCCGUAAUGACGAGUCAAGAGAAAAAAAGGGCGCUGCAUCGACAAUCCUUUCUGCAGACGAGGAUAGCAGGUCUUUUACAGAAAUGUUCGAAGGAAAUUUUGAAAGAGUACGUCAUGAUUUGACAAGUAUCAGUAAUGAAUAUACAAAAGGACAAAGUACUGAACAGCUGAGACACAAUGACCAGUCCUGGGGUUUAUCUGAAGAGGAAACAGUAAAAAAUACAAAAGAGGAUAUUGAAUGAGUGUAGGUUCAAUACUAAAUUUAUUGAAUAAUUUUGAUAAAAUUUUAUUAUUCGAGCAUUAUGCGAGCUUAAUAUUAAUUUUUUUAACAAGGUCAAUAAAUUCAGUAAUGAAACUACACGAAAAUAAUAAUAUAUAAUAAUAAUAAUAUUUUAUCAAGUAUUAGAAAGAAGAACUGUUUAGAGUUAAGAAGAAUAUUUUUUAUUGAUGCGUUUAUUGUUUAACGUUUUCAUUUAGCGUGUCUUUAAGCUUAAAAGUGCCGUCUUGUGAAAACAUAUGCGCGGGUGUGAAAUACCGUUUUUACUGAGUCGUUAAAGCGGCACAGAUGUAUGAUAAAAAUACCAUAUCUAUUGAUAUAUCCCAUCGUGAUGUAUAUCUAAUAGAUGUGAAAUGAUCAACAAAGUUGGAGCAUUUUCUUUCAAAACGACAGUGCUUAUUCUAAAAUACAAAUCAAUAUUCGCUAAUGAGAGAGACAGUCUAAUCCAUUCCCAUUUAAGGUUGGUAAAAUAUUCAAAUACUGUCGGCCUCGUUGUACUAAAAGCAGUAAUAUUUUAUUUCAAGUCCGAAAUACGGCGUUUAGGUAUCGCCUCUAAUCUUGAUUGUCGCCCUUUCUAAAUAACGGACAAUUGACUAUAACAAAUAUAUAUCAUUUAGUUUAACAAUCCGGUUAACUUAGAAAACAUGACAACACAAAAUUGAUGUAAGAAAAUAUUGUUUAUUGUGUUAUUAUCGAUAAAUACUCUUUUUAUUUUGUGUGCAAAUACUAUUAAGUGCCAGUUUUUAUAAACUUUUGUGCUUUCUGAUGUGCCACCGAUAUGAUCUUUUUUCUACAGUCAAUCUGAAAUCACGUUUGAAAUUUCUGAGGGUCAUGUUUUGUCUUGUGUUGAGUUAUUGUAUCGUUUUCUUAUUUUUAUAAAUAUUCAAUGUUUAGCUUAGUUGACUGCGAUUUUUUUAAUGACAUUUAAACUUAAAAGUUUGUGUGAAAGUAACUACAGUUCAUUCAACGCCAGAAGCCAUCUUGAAAGUCACUGAAAGUUAAUUUUGCACGUGCGCACAUUCACUUGCCCAUUAUAAAAAUUAUGCCGAGCAGCAGGCUGCGGAUUUUGAAGAAUGACCUAGAAAUCCUACAUUUUGUUACUAUAUAUAGUGACAUAUGUGUUAAUAUCUUUUAAGAUUUUUGAGUCGAAAUGUUGUAUUGUUCAAAUAAAUACCUAUUUACCUAAAAAUGAGAUGUAUUCUUUGCUAUUGAUUUGUUUAAAUAUCAGUUUUAUUAUGCUACCUUCUUUUAUUUUGACUGUAUAUUGCAUGAUUAUCCCCGCUUUCUAGAAUCUAAAUGUUUGAUACAGUAAAUUUGACAAUGUGAUGUUGUGUUCGGCUAAAGAUUCACUCUGUAUGUGUCAAUGCACCUUUUUACAUUACGAUUUUUCCAUAGCAACGCAUGUUGCAUUUCUCGCAUGCGCAUUCUGCGUAGGGCAAAAGCGCAAUAACGAUAGAAUACAUUUUAGCGUACUUAAAGGCUUUAAAAGGCGUGAUCUCAAGUCAUGUCACCCAGAAAAAAGAAUUUUUUUGGAUGAAUUAAAGCGGUAAGUACUUAAAACGUGAAUUGAUAUAUAUAUAUAUAUAACAGAUAUACAAAAUUAGCGGGACUUAAAAUUCAACGACCAAAAGUCCUCUGUUCAAGGUAUCAUUAGGUGACUUUUUCAUCAGUAAUUUAAAUUAAAACUGCAGGGUGUUAAAGAUCACAUUUUAUUACCCAUGUAAUACAUAAUAUUACACUAUUUGGUAUUCCUUUGAAAGUGGAUUAGCAGGCGGGAGGUGUCAAACAGAUUGACACGUGACCGGUUGUUAUUUGCCAGCUAGUUAUAUCAUUCAACCGGGUCGUUUUAGUACCAUGACAUAGUUAAUUACUUAAAACUAUGAAAAUGAUUAAUCAUAAUUUAAGUAACUUUUAUUUAUACCAAUCUCAUCAAUGUUUAUUGAUUUUGUGAAGUGAAAAGUAGUGUACGUGACGUCCAUUCCCAUGUGUUACAAGGAACCGGAUAAAAUGUGUGUUAUUCAACCACUCAUCCUUUUCAAGAGUUUGAAAAUUUAUUUAAAUAUACAUGUAUAUGUGACUUAAAAAAUACUGUUUGGCAUAUCAGUCAAUUCGGAUAAAGGAUAAAAUUAGCUAAACUGAAAACUUAAAAUGCAUUAUAUCACGUGUUCCGACUUUUCUUUUUCAGAAUGAUAAUUAACCUAAAUUUUAAAUGUUAUAAAAUUCAUAUAGAAAUGUUAUAUAUUUUAUGUUAUAAAAAUAGUUUUUAUAUGGACAAUUGCAACAACAAUUAAAUUGACUUUUCUAUUUGCUAAUAUAUAUUUUUCUACAUUUUUUACAACAAUAAUCUCAAUGUCAGGCAAGUGAUCGUAAGGGGGAGUUCUUAAACACUCGUCUUUUCCAUGCUUUUUGGGGGCAAUAUUGGCCACAAAGCUAUAACCGCAUCUUUUGUGUUUCUGUUAAAAGUUAUUUAAUAUGAUUUUCUACCUUGAACUAACUCGGAAUUGUCUAUGAAUUUCUACUAGAUUUCUAUUUAGGGCGAGGCUCUUUUUGCACUACGCAAAUUGCGCAUGCGCGAAAAAUACUACUUCCGUUCAAUUUUUCACAGCAACGGACUGCGUCGUAAAAAUUUCUACAUAAACUUUACAACAUGAUAAAUAAUGACUUCGUAAGCCAGUUGUAAACUUGAGUAUUUUCAAAUGAUAUUUGUUUUUAUUUUUCUCCAGGUUUAUAAGUUUUCGGAUUUUAGUUUCUUUCCAUUUUUAUGAAUGUUUAAACUUCUUAUUUGCCCAUAUAUUUUAUAUCUGUACAAACUGUGCCAUAUAUUUUAAUAUUUGUAUAAACUGUAAAAUUUUUAUAGUAUCUUAUUUUUUUUGUAGAAUAUUCUUUUCAUUAAUUAUAUAAACAGCCUUUUUAUACUUAAUUUCCGUCCACAGCACACCUAAAAUAGUUGUGAACCAUCAAAAGUAUAUUUGUUUCUAUUGAAUUAAGUGUCGUGCCUUAUACUAUAGUUAAAGCAUUAAUCAUUGUCCUGUUAACAACAGCUCGUUUACACACAUUACGUCUAUCAAAUAUAGAAAGUGCUUUUGCGUUCAUACAUUGUGUGUCCAUAUUUAUAGCUUGUAUACCAUUAACACAACGUAAUGUAUUAACUUCUAACGUAUUACUCUUCGAAAUGAUAUGCUAAUGUUCAAAUAAUACUUUUAUGAAUAAAUACAUGCCUGUGUUAUAUAGAUUUAUGUGAUCCGUAAAAAUACAGAAGAAGGGCAAUGUAAGCUUAGUAUAUAUAUAACGUAAUUUGUAACCAGAUGGUGUGUGUGUGUGUGUGUGUGUGCGCGUGCGUGCGUGCGUUGGUGCGCGCGCGUGUGUGUGUGUGUGUGUGUGUGUGUGUAUUUGCGUUUAUUUAUACUCGCCACCGGUGGCCCAUA